CCAACAUUGUUAUAAGGGAAAUCCUCCUUUUCCUUGAGUUCAAGGACCUCAUGGAUAACAGACUUGAACUUGUCAGCAAGAAAUUCUAUCACAACAUCAUGGAAGACAACGAGUUGCUCAGAAGAAUGUUAGACAACUAUCUGGGCAUAGUAAAAGAUUACGAAAGAGAACAAGAGUACCAAGAUUCAAUAUUAGAUUACAGAAAAGCCAAACAAGAAGAAAACAACAAAGAAGAGAUAAAAGAACCGGAAAGGAAGUACAUAAGAUAUAUGAUGACAACAGCUUCAAUAAUCAAAAUCUAUCAUAGAAUGUCCAAAAAGGGGACGAAGCUGUCUGUCAUGUGUGCUAGAUCAACAGGAGGGCAUCAAAUUAACCAUAAUAACAUUUUCUGCGUAUUUCAAGGAACUGGGGAUCAUUACAACACUUGCAUUGAGAAUUAUUUCCCAAACGGAUUAUCAUGCAUAACAGGAAUUCCAUACUCAGAAAAUCCCAGAACAGUGGAGAAUAAGGCUAGCAAACUUACCCAAGCAAAUGAACUGUGAGAAAUAUACCAGCAGACAUCUCUCGAUUCCUUGAGUACGAUAAGAAGUGGAGGACUACGAUAUAAAUAUCGAGUAUUGUAUCCUAGUUCCUCAUCAAGUGAUGACGAAGAAAUGUGUUGAGAAGAGAAAACUAUUCCCCUCCAUAAGGCUUACAAAAGACUUGAAAAUUCUUCAUACAAAGCCCCUGAACUUAUUGGUCAUGACAAAGGAAAUGUUAGAAAAUCUUUAAGCUAUUAUCAAGAGGACCACACAAAGAUCAUUGAGUUUGACAUUUCGAUACAAAGAGAACUCACGAGAGAAAAACUCUUCGUGCUUGACAACAUCAAGAUUCACCGACUUUUGAACUGAAAUAGCAACAUUAAAGCUUUUGCUUUGUUUGUACAUGACUAUCCAGUAAUUCCAGAAGAUCAUCCCCUAACCACUAUUGUGAAAGUUCUCUACAAUUCUUUAGAGUGGAAUGGAAAAGAAGCUUCUGAUCACAACAUAAAUAUGGAAGAAAUAGAACCAUAUACAGAUUCGUUUAACGGUUUUCAAGCCCAGGACAAAGUUAAUCGCGCUCAAGAAAUUUUUGAUGUUUAUGCUAGCAAAGAUUGUUGUGGAGUCUUUCCUGAAGUAUUGAGCACAACACAACAUUCUAUUAAUUUUUCUCAGAAAUUUUAUUCAAAGAAAUUAAAUGAAGGAAAAAUAGAGGAGGUAAAGGGUAACCUUAAAAAGAUGACAGAAAAGAUUCAUAAUAAAUCAGAUUUCCUACCAGAAAUAGGUUCCUUAGACAUGGACCAGAUUAUCCAAGAUUCCAACUAUAGACUAGCUUGUAUCGCCUAUAACUUGGAUACCAAAUACAAUAGCUAUACCAUCGAUUUACCUCAAAGUACUUUAGGAAGAUACGUCACAAUCCUAUGUCUGGAUGUCCAUGAUAGAAAGCUCAACUUUAAUAAGCAAUUUUACUGUUUAUCUCAGAUCAGCGUAAAAUAACAAGCAAUAGCAGACUAACCAUUCUUUAACAUUUAGAGUUUGUAUUAUAGAUAACUUUAGAUUAAUCAUGCUUGAACCUACCAACUAAAGUUUAAGCAGAGAAAUAGUGCUGAGGAGGGAGAAUAAAUCAUUACUUAUUGUGACAUCGGCAGAAUCUUUAUCAGCGGAUUUGAAAUCCCAAGUUGCCUUACCUUGGCCAAUGAAUAAAUUUGAAUCAUCU